AUGAAGUUGAUGCUAGUUAUUUUGGCAUGUUUAUUACUACGUUUAGAUGUUAUAUGUGCCAACUUUUAUGGUAUUACUGCUGGCGCAAAUUUAACCGAUUUUAUGCACUUGCGUAAGAAAAGGAGUUUGAUAUUCAAUGGCAGUGGACAACUUAAGUUAUCCGUUGGUCCCUCGGAACAAGUCGAUUUAGCCGACCCGAUAUCGUGGCGUUCACUUGUCUGCUCGCACAGUUUACAGGGCGGGCAUUACUCAAUUCCCAGCUCUCCACUUUAUCCCUGGGACAAAUGGGAGGAUACGUAUGCGCGCCAAACAAGGCGUCUACAUGACAAUCCACUUGGAUUCGAUAAUUAUAUUUAUGAGUCAGAUGAUUCACGAUUGUUUGUGUACACUGUGCUGGAAACGUUAAUGAAUCGGCGUGGUGUAAACGGCCACCAGUGUUUGUUGCGUUCCAUAUGCCAAAAUGCACAAGUGGGCCAACAUGUGGGCGUGUUCUCGGAACUGUUGGACGUGGUGUUGACGCCAGGCAUGGAAGAUUUAGAUAAAAGCUAUCGUGUGGCGCGGGAGGCCGGUGCUGGCGAUGCGGAUUGUUUAAAACUUUAUUCCAAAUGUCCGGCGGGUGUCAAUCUGCUCGAUAGUUAUUUAGAUUAUCUCUGA